GUCACUCAAGAUUUCACCAUUUCCACGGUUUUACUGUUCAACCUUUCUGUUCUGUUAUGUCAACUGGUAUUAUGAGUCUAAUUCUCGUUGAUUCUUCCCGUUAUUGUGAGAAGCGUCGCAGUAUCUUAAGGAAUUAACAGAAAUCCCUAAUUGGCUUCAAACAAUUUCCGCAAAGACCUUCACCUCCAAGUUAAUCGUAACGAUUUCUAGGGUUUCAGGAUAAUUUCGAAUAACGAGCGUCAGAACAUGGCGGAGGCAGAUCCAUCACGACCGCAAUCGACCACAAAGAUAACGGAUGUGGACGUGGACUCGCUGGCUCACUGUGCCGGCUACCUCAACCUACAGGACCUCUCCAACUUGGCCAUGUCCUGCAAAUACUUCAAACGCGUCGCCUAUUCUGACUCCAUCUGGCUCCGCUGGUUCAGAGCAUUAUGGGAGGGAAAUGGAGUGACCAUAUGGUCCAUAUUGAACUUCGGAAUGCUAGACAGUCUCCCUGCUACCAAGUAUUUUGAUAGAGACUUAUGGAAUGGAAAUAGAGGAAUAAAUCAAUCGGACAGUUGGCCUAAACAGAUACUUUCCAGCUCCUCACAAACAUUGGAAGUGAGGGAAGCAUACAUGGCGAGGCGCACAGCAUUGCAGCAGUUCAAGUUUGUUGAUCCCUUUGUUGCCGACUUGUAUACAGUUUCGCAACCUUACAGCCAUAUAGCAAUGGACAAAAAUGAUGUUGUCUUCUCACAGGGCUCAAUGAUAGGAAUGAUGAAAAUUGAUAGCUGUUUAAGCGGAAGGCAAUCUUUCAUCAUGCGAAGUGAUCAUAAUGCAAGAAUUACUUGUAUGAGAUUGUUUUCCCUUGAUGGAACUUCUUUAUUUAAAAGUGAUGCACCAGGUAAUGAAAAUAUUUUGGUCACCUCCAGCUGCGACCACACCAUUCGUCUAUGGUGGAAGGGUUCUUGCCAACGUUGUUUUAGAGGUCACAAUGGCCCAGUCUCUAUCUUGUCAGAUAAAUUGUUAGGUGAGGUUGGUGGAAAAGUAUUGGCAAGUGGAGGUGAAGAUGCUACUGUUCGCCUUUGGUCCCUUAACUCUAAUGGCAAGCGAGGCCAGCAGGCGCUAAAGGCUACUCUGUAUGGGCAUGAAAAACCUGUAAAGUUAAUGUCAGUUGCUGGGCAUAAAACUUCUCUUUUGGUGACCAUUUCGAAAAACUCCAAGGUAAGGGUUUGGGAUACAGCAACAUCAUCUGCUGUUCGUUCAUCAUGCUGCGUGGGCAUGACAUCUGUUCCUGGCGCUCCAGUAAAGAUGAAGUGCCAUGAAUCCAUGGUCUAUGUUGCUGCUGGUUCCUCUGUCAUUGCAAUUGAUUUGAGGACAAUGCAGAAGGUUUUGACUGCAGCUGUUUAUCGGCCGAAUUUGUACUCGGUUGAGAUAAUGCCUUCAAAAUCAUUAAUCUGCACAGGUGGUAAUGGCAGCGUAAUGCUUUGGGAUAUUAGGAGAAACCAGGAGACACUAACCCCAGAACCAAUAGUGGAGUUGGAGAGCCACACGGGCCCAGUAACAUUCUUGCACAUGGAUCAGUACAAGAUAGUUACAGGAGGCCCAGAGGAUUCUUACGUUAAUGUUUUGGAGACUGAUACUUUUACACAAACAAACACAUUGAUUUGCUGUUCUACCGAGCAAGCAAGUACAAGCUCUGGUUGUGCCGGCCUGGCUGUAAACGGUUAUCAAAUUGUUACUGCUAGCUAUGGUGAAGAACAUGGACUUAUCCGUUUCAGGGACUUCGCCAAUGCUGCUUGUCCUGUUGUCGAAUCUGGAGAUGAUCAUGCUUCAAAGUUUUGGGAUCCACAAUCUUAUAGUGAUUCUGGUGGCUCAGAUUGCUGAAUAUAUUUACCCAUAUUUUAAGGAUUAAUGCUAUAAACUACCAACAUCCUACCAUAUUA